AUUGACGACAUGGUCAACGAGUUUUUUCUCCGAGGAUCCACUGUGAAGGAGUGGAACUCUCUUAACGAUCAACUCUACAACAAGUACGGAGAGAACCUCGAGGGUUUCAACCCCAAGAAAGAGUCCAUCACCUCCUCCUUGGAUCAGCUUCUGCGGGAGAUGCAGGAGGAAGUCGCCAAGGUCCAGCAGGACUUCGUUGCUCCUCCUCCUCCUCUCAGCCCGGAGAAGCAGAAGGAGGUAGCGAAAGAUGUCAUGUACCAGCUGUCAUACCUGAUGUACCUCGAUCCUGAUUCCGACGAAUUUUGA